AUGUUUGGCACCGAAGCGCUUGGUUUCACUUCUGUUGGGCCGAUUGCUGUUUUGGGAUCUGCGAUGAUCGCCGCACUUCAUUGGAAAAAAGAACAUCCACAUGACGACGAACGAAUUGGUUCUUUGGCAUUUAAAGGUAUCUUAAUAAUAGCGAUUGGUUUAGUAUUUCGCACGCUUGCUGCUUUUUGUGCAACAUUUUGUUCAGGAUUUAAGCUGAAAGAACAGAUUUUCAUUGCGUUCGCUUGGAUACCCAAAGCAACCGUCCAGGUNUUCUUUGCCGCUUUGUCGCCAAUAGUGCUUGAUAUGGCUGAACAUGAAUCGAACCAAAACGCAGAGCAUUUGUGGGAGGGUCGAGUGAUUCUAUCCGUUGGAGUGCUCAGCAUUUUGAUAUCGGCACCUCUCGGCUCAUUCUUAAUCCAUAUACUGGCUCCAUUGCUACUAACCAAAGAUGUUGAUGCUCAAAGUGAUACCACAAAACCAUCACCAUCAUCCACAUCAGCAUCACAAAAAUUAUCGUCUCAAAAAAGUCUAACAAAUCUUUCAAACGCCACCAAUGAGACCACUCUAUCAAUAUCUGGAUCCAGCAAAUCGAAUUCAGAAUUUCAAAACGGUUCUGAUGAAUACGAUGAUGCGAAAGUCCUCGAGUAA